ACGGACACGAGUUCCUCGCAGACAGUGGGGCAUCGUGGGUAGCCUUAUUCAGCGAGAAAAAAGGCUUCGCAUGAACGUGGAUGUGCACAGAUUCCAGUAAUAGCGACUCGAGUGCGUCUGAAGUCUGCGGAAUGUCAAGGGAGACGUGUAUGACGAUGGCUGUAGAGAUUGUGAGUUGAUGGUGGGGAAGGACAAAAAGAGAGACUAGUGGCACUGUGACAUACUGUGACGUGGCUGUGACUGCACUGCACUUCCCCGCGCGACGUCACUUGUCACCACUACAGCCCAGUCGCAGUCUUGUACUUUCCUUGAGCUGUUCUCUAGUCUAGCACCACUCGCUCGCCGUAUUAUUCGUAUUCCUGUGGUAUCACCCUGUGUUACUUUACCUAUCGCCGCGUUCAGCUAUACCAUCGCAAUGAGCAAAGUCGUGUUUGGUAUCUUCUUCUCUUUCACCAUCCCCUUGGAGACUAAUCUAACGUCUUUCAUUCAGUCGGGAAUGUUCCCUACAACAUGGGAGAGGUAUGUCGUCCGUCUGUUCAUCAUCGCCUGCACCGCUCAUCAACAUCGCCCCCCCAGGAACAACUUAUCGACGUCUUCAAAUCAGUUGGCCAAGUCAUAGGCUUUAGGUGCUUAGUCCCUUUCCUCACGCUUUUCCUUCUUUAUUUAUUUAUACCUCUCCCUGCU